GGUUCAAACCCUGCCCGCUCCCAUCCCCCGUCGUCCUGCGGGAGGUUUGGACUAGGAAGUAAUUAUCUUCAACUCUGAAGGAACAUCCGAAACAUGUAAAACAAACAAACAAAAUUGGCCUAAAUAAGUUUCAACUUAACCAGAUACAUAAAACCUUUGACAGAUGGUUCGGAAGGGUUGGCUUAUGGAUCCUAUAGUUUGUUGUACUGAGAUCUAGAUUAGUUGAUCUUCACUGACUACACUUACAGUUAUAUGCUCAGAGCAUUCAGAUCAAGAUAGACUUCAAUAAAUUGUCACCCCAGACAAAGAAGAUGCAAGCGCCACAAUCUAAAGAAGAAAAGCAACUGGAAACUUCUCUUGAUGAUUUACUUCAGAGAGUGAGAGAACUAAAGCAAGGCAUAUCAAGCUUUAUCUACAAACUAGAAAAUGAUUAUCAAAAUAUAUCUUGGCCAAAUAUGAUGGAACAUUUUGGAGUUUUGUCAUCUGGUUUAAGUACAACAAAGCGACUGUUAAAAGCUGAAAAAAUGCCACUUCUAAGGAAUUAUGUUUUAUUUCCUAUUCUUCUAUCUCCAGACAGAGAUCCCCAUUUAGAGAAACUUACGGAAGGCAGAGUUCUUGCUUUUAACCAUGAAGUUGUACCAGACUAUUUACGAACAAAGCCAGAACCAGAGGUUGAAGAGAAAGUUCAGUUACUCAGUGUGAAAGCAUCAUCUAUUACUCCUGAAGUAGCCCAGAAACAAUUGACAGCAUUGAACAAAAUAACUAGCAAUAUACUGGACAUUAUCAAUGCCUCAAGUGAUGAAUGGGACAAAGAUUCAAAUCAAAAAAAUGUUGUACCAUCCACCUCCUCACCACAAGAUACACUCACUCUCAUUUCGGCUAUAACUAAGGGGUCAAAAUUACGUCGUCCUGAUCCCACAUCAAUGCAGCAAUGCCCUCCUAUGGGACCAACUCAACAGCAACAAAUGCAGCAACAGCAACAACUCCAGCCUCAAAAGCCAAUGCCUGUUGUAGGAAGAGUGCCAAGUACAAUCAAGACCAAUAUAAAAGCAGCAGCAACAUCUCAUCCAUAUCAAAGACCUUGAAAAUUAAUCUUUUUUAUUUUCUAUGUACAUUAAAUAGAUUCUAGAUUCAUUCCUAUUUAAAAUGUCUUAGCAUCUUCUUGAUAACAUAAAGUUUAUACAUUAAGUUCCCCUUUAAUAACACCAUUGUGGUACACAAAAUAAAUCCUCCUUAUAAUUUUUAAUUACUAAUCAAUGCAUUUCAAAUACAUAUAUUUGUACUAAAAAUAUAUUUCCACAAAAAGGACAUGUACAUUAAGCCUAAAUGAGAUAUGUUCACAGAAACAGCUGAACUUAUCGCCAUCUGCCCAUAACCCACCAGUUUUGUAAUCAAUCAAUAUAUAUGAUACACCUACAUUGAAACAGUUGCAUGCUUCCUCAUGCCCAGCAGCAAAAAUUCUACAUACUACAUACAGACUUCUUUGGUUCUACAUGUAGAUCUAGCCUUAAUAUUCCCUUCCACACUUUAAGGUACUGUACACAAACACACUUCCAUAGAGCUUUUUUUAUAUUUAAGGAUUACAAAAAAGGAAACGAUUUUUACAAUUGCAAUGUACACACUUAGGCGUGCUAUUCAGAAAAAUUUGUAUUUAAUUAAAUGAGGUGAAGAUCUUUUCAGACAUGAAAAGUGCCUAGUAGUUCCAUAUACAUAGUUAGUAAUACCAGUAAUCGAUACAUUUUUAUCCCCCCCUCCCCCAAUCAAUGGUAAAAUCAGUUUUAAAAAAUGUCAAUAUAUAUAUAUAUAGUGUUCCUGGCUACAAGCACCACAAAUAAAUUAUGAGAUGUAAUAAUUGGAUUUAACAUGAAUACACACACUGUAUGUAAUGGCUAAAAUGACUUGUUAAAAAAAUGCUUCUAAAAUAGAGCUAUGUCUCUGAUUUAGGUGAAGUGUGUAGAAUCAAGUUGCCAGGCAUAACAUAAUCUCCUAUCAUGAACUGGUUACUGACAGGAAAAUGAUUGGUUGAACCAGUUAUAACAUUCUGAAAUGACAAAUGAUAAUGUAGAUUAAUAGGAUGCAUGCAUUUCUUGAAAUUAUUAAUGAAAUUAAAAAAAUAUUUCCAAAACUGUU